AUGGUUUUGCAGUGUGUGAUACUUCUGUUGAGCAGAAGUGUCGAUCCAAGGUUCGACAUUGAUGCGAAGCGAAAGACUCAUGACAAGCCUAUUGUAUCUCGUACGAACUACCAAUUCGUCAAAAGCCAUGUCCCAGUGGUGCUGCUGGAGUCGAUCCGUGGGGUCGGCGUCAAAGGGCAAAUAGUUCACGUGAAGCGUGGUUACGCUCGACAUGUCCUUGUUCCAAAGGGUUUAGCACUCUUCGGAACGUGGGAGAACAUCGAUGAACAUGCGGACCCAGAGCUCAUUGCGGAUCCGACAAUAAAGGCCAGAGUGGCUACCGAGCGAGGACAACUGCCCUUUGACUGGGUGGAUGAUGUGCGGCUGCGGUUUGUUCGGCCUGCCAGAGAGGAUCAAGCCAUGCUGCUGCUGGAGCCAGUUACGGUGUGGGAUAUCUUGGAGGACCUCUCCACAAAUCAUGAGUUGGACUUGCUUCCGGGCAACCUGGACGUACCUGAAGACGGCCUCAUGCAAGUGGGGGUCCACGAGGUCCCAGUGCGGAUUGCUUUCCGCAACCCUGAAAGCGCUGCAGGGAAGUACACCAUAUCGGUUCAUGUGGUCUCAAAGCAGAGCCAGGAUGCAGAGAUGCAACGCGAGGUGAUGAAGAAGGCGAUGGACAAGGGCCGGGAACGCCGUUUAGCGCAGCCUGGUGGAGCCCAGGAGGUGUCGCCAGACAAGGGCGUGGUGCUUGAUGGCCAAGAAUAUCGCCUGUCCCCACAAGACAUUGACUUGGACAGAAGUUGCACCCUGGGCACUGGUGCCGGCGGUGUGGUCCAGGCUGGGGUGCACAAGCCCACUGGCAUGCGCGUGGCAAUCAAGACGGUGAAGGUUGACCACAAAGAGAAGCGUGAACAAAUGCUGAAAGAGAUCAAAGGGCUUGUGCUCGCUGCAGGUUGUCCAUACCUGGUGCAGUGGUAUGCAGGCUUUGUCGGCAAGGACACAGGCCUCGUUCAUGUCGUUGUAGAACUCAUGGACAGAGGCAGCCUGGCAGAUUUGAGAAGGCGGUGUGCAGGCCCGGUGCCGCCCGAACAGCUGGCAUGCGUAGCUGCUCAAGUUGUUCGCGGGCUAGCACAUCUUCAAAGCAGGCGUUUACUUCACCGAGACGUGAAGCCUGAAAACGUCCUGCACAAUAGCCUGGGCCAGGUGAAGCUGACCGACUUUGGCAUUUCAAAGGAUUUGACCUCUACAGCUGGUGUUGCUGCAAGCUUUGUCGGCACUGCCAACUACAUGUCGCCUGAGCGAGCGCUUGGGAAGGACUAUUCCUUCAGGUCAGAUGUCUGGAGUGCUGGAAUGGUGGUUCUCGAAAUGGCCAACGGAAAGUACCCCUACGAGGCGAAGAACUUCCUAGACCUCUACGAGUGCCUCUGUGCCCAGCCAGAGCCUCGUUUGGAUCCGGGAAAGUUCCCUCAAGCUCUUUGCGACUUCGUGGCACAGUGCUUGAGAAGAGACGACACGAAGCGUCCAGAUGCCAUGGCGCUGUUGAAGCAUGAGCUUGUGGAAAGUCAAG